AUCCGAAAUGAAAUUAGUUGUGACUGUGGAAGGGUGAUGAGGAGAGCUUUCUCACUUUCCCGGAGGAUUGAUGCCAUGUUAUUUCACAAGGAGUAUUCUGCGCAGCGCUGGAAAAGCAGAUCGAAUUCCAGGGUCCACGUGGGAUUAAAAAAAGAACAUGAAUUUGAAAACGGGUGUUGCAUUUUGGCUGAGUUGUGUUGCACUGUUCCCCUGUGAUACAAUGUGUGAGGCAUGUGAUUCCCAAGAAUAUGCGCAUGGAGAAAUCUGCUGUCCUAAGUGCAAUCGUGGAGAAAGAGUUGCAAAGAACUGUACUGACACAACCAGCACAUUAUGCAAGACCUGUCCAGAGUCUACAUACAUGGAUCAUCCCAAUGAGCUGAAUGAGUGCAAAAGAUGCCAGAAAUGUGAAGAAGAAGGGAUGAUCACAAAACUAAGAUGCUCACCCACUUCCAAUUCAGUGUGUGAGUGUGGCGAGGGAUUCUUCUGUAGUGUUCCAGCAGACCGGGGAUGCAGUAAAUGCCUAAAUCACACUGUAUGUUCAGAAGGACAGUUUACAAAACAAAACGGAACCUUAGAAAAUGACACCAAAUGUGAACACUGCAGCACCAUCACUAAUUCUUUAGCUGAAGCCUGUGGCCAUAAUGAAGACUGUUUGAGGAAAUGUGGAAAUUCUGGGCCAACAUUCUGUGUUAUUGAGGGACUUGUUUUAGCAUUGGCUGGUAUGGCAACAUUUACAUCAAGAAUACUUUGAAAAUUAUAAAGAUAUAGUUUGUUUCUAUGCAUAGAAAUUGUAAUUCUAUAGUAUUUCAAAUGUAAGUAUGUUUUGACCAUAUAAUCUGCUGAUCAAAUAAACAUUUUUUUAAAUCUACAUUUUUUAUGAACCAACUGUAAAGUAAUUCCUGAUGCUAAUUCCAACAACAUGUUAUUUAAAACUUAUUUUUACUAUGUAAUGCUCGUUUAAAACAUUACCAUAUUAGAAGAAAAAAAUGGUUUCAGUUGGAAUGCUUACAAAUUUGUAAGAACAGAGGUUUAGACUGCGGCAUUUUUAUUAUAUGUAUUCCCUCUGUACACACCAGACAGAAGCUAUUCCACCACACUGCUGUGUGUUUCCACAUGUGGAAUCAAAUCCCAACCCAGAGUUCAUUUUCUUGCAUAAUUAUUGUUUUGGAAACCCUUUUGCUUUAGGGCUCUUAUUUUGUCUGCUACACAGUCUAUUUCAUCUGCCACACAGAUAAUACUAUGGGCAGCCCUUAAUGCUUGAAAUGAAUGUAUCUACCAAAUCAAACAGUGAAACCACACCUAUAGUGACUCAAACCUCUCCUUUCUAAGAGUCAGGCAUAAGCCCAGUUUCUGGAAAACCGCUACCUUGUUAAUCUGAGUCAGAAUCAAAUUGUUGUUUCUAAAAUCCCUCCAGCAGGCAUCUUGGUGUCGUCUGCUGUUUUCCACAGGGAAAGUUGGUGAUUGGAUGCCACACAUCAUUAAAAAACAGACAAGCUUUUAAUUUUUUUUAUUCUCAUGUUCUGAGAUUCAAUGAUGAAAUUGGAAAUGUACUGUCUAGUACUACUAGUACCAACAACCUGUCUUUAGUUACUGAAAUACAAGACCUGCCCACAUGUUCCAAAUUAGGCAGUUCUCCUAUGGUAGCGGGCAGCACGAUGGUACAGUGGUUAGCAUUUCUGCCUUGCAGAGCUGGGGCCCUGGGUUCACUUCGUGGGUUGCUACAUGACUGGAGUCUUUAUGUUCUCGUGGGUUUUGUCUGGGUGCUCCUGUUUCUCCCACAGUCUGAAAACAUACAGUAGGUUAAUUGGGUUCUGGGAAAAACUGGCCCUGGUGUAGCGUGUGUAUUUGUCUGUGUGUGCCCUGCGAUAGACUGAUGUCCUGUCCAAAGUGUACCCCACAUUGCUGGUGUUGCAUGCUGGGCUAAGAUCUGUCUCCCUGGCGGUAAAGAAAAUGGAUGCAUGGAUGCUACAAAGGGAAAUUCCAACAGACAGUGGAAUUUGCAUUUUUUUUCCCCCAUAGAAUAGGCAAUUGUGUGUUUUUUGCACCUGAGGUCACAGCUACAGCCCCAGGGAAAAUGAGGAAUUGUAGGGAGUCUCCUCCAACUUGCCCCUUCCCCCAAAGCCAUGCCAGUGUUUGUGAAGCUUUGAUCUGAUGCCCAUUUCUUCAGUAACAUGAAAUACAGUACAUUUACCCCUUUCUCUGCCUCAGUGAGUGUAAGUCUUUGAGCCUUGUUUUUAAAUUCACCUGCCGGCAGAUACUAGCACAGUUACAGAGUGCACCUCUGCUUAUUUCCUGUGGGUUUUUUUUUAUAUAAGCAAACAUUCACGUUUAUAAACAGCACUGCAAACACCUCACAAGAAUUUAUAAGCAGUCCACGUAGGUGCCAAGAAAGGGGUUACAGCUUUGAAUUGAAACAGGAAAUCAGAGUUCUGGUUCAACACACCUCUUCAUUAAAGGACUUUUUGUAGCAGUGUCUGGCAUAUGGUUGUAAAUGGUUACAUGUGUAACAGGAAUAUUUUGAAAACUAAAAAAGAAUUAGUACGACUUAUGACACAAGUGUCAUUUCCUUCUACUUGAUAUUUGUUUCAACAUAGAGUGUUAUAAAACAUUGCCUAAGUUUUUCAGAUGCUGCAUUCAAAUCCAUCCAAGAUCUUACAUUCUAGAAUAGUUGUUGUUUUGAAGAGGACAUUGUGAGGUGAUGGAAAAACUGAGUCUUGUGUAAUUCAGAGAUUAAAUUCUUCUUUUGAACAGUA